UUUAAAAAAAGAACGGUACACGCGCGUUUUCGCAUAUUGUAAAUUUAAAUAUCUAAAAACAUUUUUUUAUAGAAAUUCACAGGAUUAUUAUAUCGCUUUACUUAUUUUGAGUCAGUGGGCUAAAGUUUUAGUUAAACAUCCGAAUACAACAAUGAUGCUUACACUGUGUGGUAUAUUGGGAUGCAAUGUAGAAGAAAUAUUAGUUCUAAAUAGUCCAGAAGGAAUGUUAUUAUAAAUUAUAUUAUUAGAAAGUAACGUAAUUUUGUAAUAAAUUGGGAAUAAAUUGUUUAAAUAAUAGUUUAUGUAUUAUUUAUAUCGAGUUUUUGUAUUGAUUACUAGCUGUUAUAAAACAUGUACAACUUCAUAGGUACAAUGAAAAAUGGUGAGCGAGGAAGUGAUAGAAUUUAACAAGAAACUACAACCAGUUUUCAAGAAUCCAAUUUUUCAACAGAAAUUUCGGCCUACUAGUACCGCUGGAAAGAAACGAACUUGGCGUUCUCUCAAGCAAGUUUUGGCUCAGGAACGUGCAUUGCCAUGGCCGGUGGAAAUAGUACAUUAUAGUUCUAUUAAUGCACCGCCAAGCUUCAGACCAGCAAAGAAAUAUUCGGAUAUUUCUGGAUUACCCGCCCGAUAUACAGAUCCACAGACUAAAUUAUACUAUGCGACUGCUGAAGAAUUUGCGACAGUUCGAAGUCUACCAAUGGAUAUAACUGCCGGAUAUCUAGCGUUACGCGGCGCCUCCAGUAUUGUUGGAUAAAUAAAUUGAUAAUUUUAAUUUC